CCCUUGCCGAGUGCCGUUACGCAUUGUUGUUGACUUAUAUCAAAGAUGGCGACUGGAACCGCGUAAAUUGUUGAAUCCGGAGAGUGACGCCCAGAGAGUCGAGUGAGCCGGGUUGAGUAGAGACUGAGUAGUAGUACGAAGAGCUCAUGGAUUUUGAGGAGAUAAAGAAGAAAGGAGUAGUCGAGUUAGGGAUGGAAGGGGAGGUGGGCUUGGUGGCUGGUCGCAGUCAAAGAGAGAAAAGGAGGUCAUACAAGGACCUGCUCAGGGAGGAAGAGGAGAUUGCUGCACAGGUCCGCAAGUCAUCGAAGAAACGUCCCAAGGACUCAGAACUUUUCUUAUUGGGAGGGGACUCCCACAAGAAGAAGAAAAAGCACAGUGAAGACUACUAUUACAGAGACCAGAAAGGCUCAGGCCCACCUCCCCACAAGAAAAAGCAUAAAUCGUCGGACCACUGCCCUUCCCUGUCUUUGUCUUCGUCCCAUCCCACAGACACAGCCAUGGGGCUUCUACAAGCCAUCACCUCUCCUAUGGCCACUGGCUCAGACCCCAGCACACACAUACACAAGAAGCCGUCCUACCCGUCAUUCUCUUCCUCUCACUCCUCCAAAGACCGAAAACGUGAAGGAAGCACUGGAGGAAGCAAAGGCAGCCACUCCUCUCAUUCCCGCCCAAUGUCCUCCACCUCCUCUUCCAAAAAGCACUCCUCCUCCAAGUCUUCUCUGUUCCAUGGUGGUACCAGUACUCCUAAAGGAGAUCCCCUGAACCUACGAGAACCAGAUGGGCUGAGGAUGAAACUCAUGGUCUCACCUAAGGAGAAGGCCGAAGGAGAGGGAUUCCCCUUCCCACCACACUCAUCAUCAUCUUCUAAAGGGGGGAUGAAGAAAGAGAAAGACAGAGACCGGAAGCAGCUCUCCAAAGUCCCUAAGAAGAUGCAGCACAGCCGAGAUCCACUGCCUGUUGUGGGCAAAGAAGUUGAGGUGGAGGGGCACUAUGGUGGGGGAAUGGGGGGAGACAGCUCCUCCUCGGGAGGCGAACUGGAGGCGGGAGAGCUGGUGAUAGAUGACUCUUACACGCACUUGUCAAAGAAAAAGAAGAAAAGCAAAAAAAGCAAGAAGAAGAAGGAGAAAGAGAAGGACAGGGAGAAAGACAAAAGCGGGAGAGAGAAGAAGCACAGCAAAGGAUCGGGGGGUGGGGAUCCAUCGAGAGGCCACACUCAUUCCCAUGGGUCAGCCAAUCACACUGCAGCUAGUGGAGUUUAUUCUAUGGGAGCCCAGAUCCCCACUCACCAUCAUCAAAGUAAUGAAGUAGCAAUGAUGGAGAAGAAGAAAAAGAAGGAGGAGAGGGAAAGGGAAAAGCAUGAUAAGGACAAAGAUAAGCCAAAAAAGAAGAACACAACAGCAUAUCAGGUGUUCUGUAAAGAGUACCGGGUUAACAUCAACGCAGAGCAGCCGGGACUCGUGUUUGGGGAACUGAGCAAAAAAUUAGCAGAGGUCUGGAAACAACUUCCAGAAAAAGAUAAACUGGUUUGGAAGCAGAAAGCUCAGUACCUGCAGCACAAGCAGAACAAAGCUGAGGCAACCACAGUCAAAAGGAAGAGCUCCACUGAUGGAAUCAAAAGCAAGAGCACCAUUAAGGGCAUGGGGCUAGGAGCAGGUUUGGUGUCCCCCAAUCGGGCUUCUGUGGGGGUGUCCCUGUCCCCAGCAAGGGUCCCUGAUGUCGACCCAAUAGACGCGGCCGCCCACCUGCAGCUACUGGGAGAGUCCCUUUCCCUCAUCGGACACCGGUUACAGGAGACAGAGGGGAUGGUGGCAGUAUCAGGCAGUCUCUCUGUGCUGUUAGACUCCAUCUUGUGUGCCCUGGGACCACUGACCUGCCUCACAGCACAGAUCCCCCAACUCAAUGGAUGUCCCCGCAACGUCCUGUCCAACACCUUGGACAACAUUGCUUACAUCAUGCCUGGGCUUUGAAGACCAAGGAGAAAUUCCUUUCCCAUCUCCUGUAUGUCCUUGCCACAAAGUUAGAGUUUGGAGUGAGACCUAAAGUUAUUGAAGUGGGCCUUGGGAUGUGGACUAUUACUUAUGCCCCAAGGCGUUGGAAAACAUGGACAUUUCUAGUUUCAACAUGUUUUUUAAAUGUAUUUUUAAAUUGUUAAUUUUCUAAAGAUUUUUUUAACAGAAACCUAUUUUAGUGAACACUCAUAUUUUCCUCUGGAAUGUCUGAUAGUGUUUCCAGAUAUGUGUGUGUGUGU